AAAUGAACCAAACCCUAACCCUAGCUCUAUAAAAUGCUCUUCUAAAUCCCGCCCUACUGCUUUGUUGCCCUCGUUUCCAACCUCUCAGAUUCACAGGCCAACAAGGAAGAAGAAAAAUGAAGGUGGUAGCUGCAUAUUUACUGGCUGUGUUGGGAGGGAACACCAGUCCUUCAGCUGAUAAUGUGAAGAACAUUCUUGGAUCCGUUGGAGCUGAAGUUGAUGAUAGUAAGAUUGACCUAUUCUUGUGUGAAGUUGCGGGUAAAGAUAUAACUGAGCUUAUUGCAUCUGGAAGAGAGAAAUUAGCGUCUGUGCCUUCUGGUGGUGGUGGCGCUGUUGCAGUUGCCGUAACAGGUGGUAGUGGUGGUGGUGCUGCUCCUGCUGCAGCCGAGUCAAAGAAAGAGGAAAAGGUGGAAGAGAAAGAGGAAUCAGAUGAUGAUAUGGGCUUCAGUCUCUUUGAUUGAGGAAUACCAUUUUUUGUUUCAAGAUUUCUCCAAUUGAGGACUUGUUAGUUCUUUAGAGUUCUGACUUCCAAAGGCUGUUUUUUUUUUUUUUUUUGAGGUGUCUUUUGUUAAGACUGGGAAGUUGAUAACUGUGCUAAAAUUUUACAGAUUAACUUUA